GCUGUCCGAAAGUCUAUUGAUCCGACACCGACUUUUCCGAGGUGCACUUGAACGCCUCCUCAGAAAGCGGGACACUUAUGAGAACGCUGCACGCUCCUUUGCUGGUCUCGCGCUUAGGGAGGAAAACGGACUCACAAACCCCUUUUUCCCGUGACAUUUGUGUGCGUUUAUGAAACCCCAGACCACACACACACAUGCACACACACAUGUACAUACACUUUUAGAACACACAUAUCCAAACACACAUAUACACACAUGUAUACAAGUACACACUCAAACCCACUAACAUACACUCCUGGAAACCUGUACACUCACUGCUGUUGAGAAUAAAGUUGAUGCAAGAUUCUCUAACCGGACUCGUCCAUAGUGCUCCAUCCCUAACCACUAAUCCACAUCUUUACAUGGUCCUUCGAGCCGGAUUAGGGUUCCCCCGACACUAUGGAAUCAACAACUGAUAGCCAGCAGCGGGAGUCGUCGGCCCGACCCAAGAGAGAUCCUCGUCCACCUGCACAUUUAGACCCAUAUGAAGUCACUCUUUUGCCCUCUCAACAACCUGUAGCCCAAGCCUCCUCUACACCUGUAGGACAACUAGGCCAGGUUCUGUCAACCAGAGCAAGGAGUUUGACAAGUUACCGGUCAGCUGCACAUUCACGACGAUCAUCUCAGAUGUCAAACGGUCUCAGUCUGCUCCAAAGCACAUCAGACAUACAAGCAGCUGCACUAGAAGAGGAGAUAAAGGGUUUGGAGCUUGCAGACCUACAACAGGAAAUAGAAGAGGAAAGAAAGGCUGACUUGGAGGCUGCAGCAUUGGAUGCACAAGCCAGGGAAGGACAACGGCUACAAGAAGAGGCACAUUUGGCUAAAGAGAGACUAGCUAAAGAGAUGGGGAGACGCAGGCGCUUGAAGAAGCUGGAGAAAGAGGUACAAAUUGCCAGUCUUGUGAAGACCUACCUAUCAGAGACGAACGAUGAUGCCGUGUCCACUUCAUCAGCUCCCGCUACAUUCUCCAAGCCGUCCCUGCGAUCACAGCCACCGCGGGUGCCCUUCGUUCUCACCCAGCAUCCACCUGUACAACCGCCACCUCCAGCGCCCGUUCAAAUACCACCUCCAGCUACUGUCCCUGGACAGAUAGUAGCACCACCCGCUAAUCUCAUCACAAAUGCCCAAGCUAGUUUUCCUGUCAGCGCACCACCCAUUGCAGCAACAGUAGCUGCAUUUCCACCUGGACGUGUAUCAUCCUCGCCCGUCCUCCCCACGGUGACAAGCCAUGCAGUUGGAACGCUACCGAUUACAAGUCUCCCAUCUCAAUAUCCAGGUGUUUCUGCUACCAGUAUAAGCUUCACAACACCACCACUGGCAACUUCAGUGAUGCCACCACCUCCUACAAUGCCAUAG